GAUAUUGACGACACAAUCAAAGAUACUGACAUUCCUGCCGGUGCCAAAGUCGUCUUAUCAAAUACCUUUCUUCAUAAAUUUAAAGAGGUACCAGGGAUGGCUAAACUUUAUACAUUUUGGUACAAUAAAGGAGCGGGAAUACAUUAUGUUUCCAAUUCACCUUGGCAACUAUUUCCAAUGUUGCGUGGAUUCUUUGAAACAUAUGAUUUUCCACCGGGUUCAGCUCACCUAAAGUUCUAUGAUGGACUCAUAAAGAGCGCAUAUGAGCAAAAAGAAAAUCCGAUGGCCAGCAAAUUUAUGUAUAUUAGAGAAUUGCUUAAAGACUUUCCGAAGCGCCAGUUUAUUCUCGUUGGUGAUACUGGUGAACUUGACCCAGAAAUUUACACGACAAUUGCUCGAGAAAAUCCUGGUCGAAUUUUGCGCAUAUUUAUCCGUGACGUGACGACUGCACGCGUAAAAGAUCUACCAGCCCAAGAACCACAUUAUUCAUACAUUCAAACAUUCCCAAGUAUGAUUGGCCAUCUAAAGACUUAUUAUUAUGCCGAAAGUAAGGACAAGCAAAAUCCAACACCUACAAAAACAGAGGCUCCUCCACCAACACCCGAACAGACUCCUACCGCUGAUCCUCAUGAUCCUAAACGACAUGAUAGUUUAUCGGCAACUCUCCUUAAUAAACUUCAUACCGACAUUUCGUACCUUCAUACGGGCUUUACUGGCGAUUCAAAAGCAGCACCUACAGAAUUAUCGAAACCCGCUCAAGGUCAACAACCUUUAAAAACUCCGUUAGAAAUGUUCCAUGAGCGUAUAGAAACUAUAACUAAAGAUCUGCCAAAAGGCUUAUUUAAUUUAUUCACAAAUCCAAUUGACAUGCAGAAUAACGAGGCUAUUAAAAAAGCAUUUAAAUAUUGA